UUGUGGGGGGGCAAGUGCACCAGGCCCGCUGCGCACCCAGCUCUGCUCCCCGCCGAGCUGGCCGCCCGCCCCGGCCUCCGCCUGGGGAUGAAGUGGGAGGCGCUAGAAGCCACUUAGCUCCAGCCUGGCGCCCGCCCGAUGCGGCGCUCGCUCGCUGCCCCCGCCACCCAAGCGCCCGCGAGGCACAAUGCAGCACUGAGGCAGCGGCGGCUGCGGCAGCGGCGCGGGCCGGGAAGGGGCGGCGGGGAACCGGAGCCCGCGGCCGGGGCACAAGCAGCUGAGCGCCGCCACCAUGCAGGCAGCGGCCGCCGCGUCCUUCUGGCUGCUCUGCGCCUUGGGGACCUGCCCCCUGGCAAGCUGCGGUCCGGCAGGAGACGCCUCACUGAGGGAGCUGGAGAGGGCGGACGAAAACCGCUUCCUGGAGCGCCAGAGCACCGUGCCACUGCGCCUCAUCUACCGCUUGGGCGGCGAGGACGAAACUUGGCACGACCGGCUCAACACACGGGUGCGGGGCCACCCUGGCGGCCGGCAGCUGACUCAUGUGGACAAGGCAAGCUUCCAGGUGGAUGCCUUUGGAACAUCCUUCAUUCUUGAUGUCCGGCUAAACCAUGAGCUGCUGUCCUCUGGUUAUGUGGAGAGACACAUUGAACGUGGAGGCAAGGCCGUGGAAAGCAAAGGAGGAGAACACUGUUACUACCAGGGCCAGAUCCGAGGAAACCCUGCUUCAUUUGUUGCCUUGUCCACAUGCCAUGGACUCCAUGGGAUGUUCUAUGAUGGGAACCACACGUAUCUCAUUGAACCAGAAGAAAAUGAGACCUCCCAAGAGGAGUCUCAUUUUCACUCGGUUUACAAGUCCAGACUCUUUGAAUUCCCCUUGGAUGACCUUCCAACUGAAUUUCAACAAGUAAAUAUUACUCCGCCAAAAGUUAUUUUGAAGCCAAGACUAAAGCGGAGUAAACGACAGCUUCUUCGAUUUCCCCGUAAUGUAGAGGAGGAGACCAAAUACAUCGAGCUGAUGAUCGUGAAUGAUCAUCUCAUGUUUAAAAAGCAUCGGCUCUCCGUUGUACAUACAAAUACCUAUGCGAAGUCUGUGGUGAACAUGGCGGAUAUGAUCUAUAAAGACCAACUUAAGACUAGGAUAGUACUGGUUGCCAUGGAAACUUGGGCUGCUGACAACAAGUUUGCCAUAUCUGAGAACCCACUGAUCACCCUGCGUGAGUUUAUGAAAUACAGGAGGGAUUUUAUCAAAGAGAAGAGUGACGCAGUUCAUCUUUUCUCGGGAAGUCAAUUUGAGAGUAGCCGGAGCGGCGCAGCUUAUAUUGGUGGGAUUUGCUCGCUGCUGAGAGGAGGAGGCGUGAAUGAAUUUGGAAAAACCGAUUUGAUGGCAGUUACACUUGCUCAGUCGUUAGCCCACAAUAUUGGUAUAAUCUCAGACAAGAGAAAAUUAGCAAGUGGAGAGUGUAAAUGUGAGGACACGUGGUCUGGCUGUGUCAUGGGAGACACCGGCUAUUAUCUCCCUAAAAAGUUCACUCAAUGCAAUAUUGAGGAAUAUCAUGACUUCUUGAAUAGUGGUGGUGGUGCCUGCCUGUUCAACAAACCUUCUAAGCUUCUUGAUCCUCCUGAGUGUGGAAAUGGCUUCAUUGAAACUGGAGAGGAGUGUGAUUGUGGCACCACUGCGGAAUGUGCCCUUGAAGGAGCAGAGUGUUGUAAGAAAUGCACCUUGACUCAGGACUCUCAAUGCAGUGAUGGCCUUUGUUGCAAAAAGUGCAAGUUUCAGCCUCUGGGGACUGUGUGCCGAGAAGCAGUCAAUGAUUGUGAUAUCCGUGAAAUAUGUUCAGGAAAUUCAAGCCAGUGUGCCCCCAAUGUACAUAAAAUGGACGGAUAUCCUUGUGAUGGUACUCAGGGAAUUUGCUUUGGAGGAAGGUGUAAAACCAGAGAUAGACAAUGCAAAUACAUCUGGGGGCAAAAGGUCACGGCAUCUGACAAGUACUGCUAUGAGAAGCUGAACAUCGAGGGCACUGAGAAGGGUAACUGUGGAAAAGACAAAGACACCUGGAUACAGUGCAACAAACGGGAUGUGCUUUGUGGUUACCUUUUAUGCACCAAUAUUGGCAAUAUCCCAAGGCUUGGAGAACUCGAUGGUGAAAUCACAUCUACAUUAGUUGUGCAGCAAGGAAGAACAUUAAACUGCAGCGGUGGGCAUGUUAAGCUUGAAGAAGAUGUUGAUCUUGGCUACGUGGAAGAUGGGACGCCCUGUGGUCCUCAGAUGAUGUGUUUGGAACAUAGGUGUCUUUCUGUAGCUUCCUUCAACUUCAGCACUUGCGUGAGCAGUAAAGCAGGCACUGUUUGUUCAGGAAAUGGAGUUUGCAGUAAUGAGCUCAAAUGUGUGUGCAACAGGCACUGGACGGGUGCCGACUGCAGCACCCAUUUUCCGCACAAUGAUGAUGCAAAGACUGGCAUCACCCUGUCUGGCAAUGGUGUUGCUGGCACCAAUAUCAUAAUAGGAAUAAUUGCUGGCACCAUUUUAGUGCUGGCCCUCAUAAUAGGAAUAACUGCCUGGGGUUAUAAAAAUUAUCGCGAACAGAGACAGUUACCGCAGGGAGAUUAUGUAAAAAAGCCUGGAGAUGGUGACUCUUUUUAUAGCGACAUUCCUCCUGGAGUCAGCACAAACUCAGCAUCUAGUUCUAAGAAGAGGUCUGCUUUUCUGUCGCAUUUUCAGAUUUCCACCUGUUCCAUCACACAUUAUUCCAUUAGUCAGAACAUUUCAUUAUUUUGCAGCAGGUCAAAUGGACUCUCUCAUUCCUGGAGUGAAAGGAUUCCAGACACAAAACAUAUUUCAGACAUCUGUGAAAAUGGGAGACCUAGAAGUAACUCCUGGCAAGGUAACCUGGGAGGCAACAAAAAGAAAAUCAGAGGCAAAAGAUUUAGACCUCGAUCUAAUUCAACUGAGAGGGAGCCCCAAGCUCCCGAGCCUGGGUACUCCCUCGCCCAGACAAUCCCAUCCCAAGCCAUAAGCCCAGGGGGCUCUGACAGCCCCCAGACAGGGAGUCUGGAUCACAGGUAUUUAAACCCAUGGUUCAAAAGAGCCUGUAAUGUAGCUAAAUGGGUAGAAGAUGUGAAUAAAAACACUGAAGGACCGUACCUUAGCUCCCAAGAUGGCCAGCAUCAAGAAGACAGGACCCUGUCUCCUGCCAAGUCUCCUUCUUCAUCAACUGGCUCUAUUGCCUCCAGCAGAAAAUACCCGUAUCCGAUGCCUCCACUUCCUGACGAGGAGAAGACAGUGAACCGGCAGAGUGCCAGGCUAUGGGAGACGUCCAUUUAAGAACAACUGUUUACAUGUGCCACAUCGAAACUGUUUACUUCAACUUUUAUAGAAACCCAGCCACCCAGAAUCACUGCAACUCUCUCUGCUCUUCAGACAAUUUGAAGGCCCUCUGAGACACCAGAGGCAAGGAAGCCACGGGUCAUACCUGGAUGCCAUUUUCUUUUUGUCAUUGGCUUAAGGUUUAACCAAACAGUAAAAAGAACUACUGGAAUGUUACACUACAACACGGAACCAUUUAUGGUCUGCUAUUGGUAUGUUCAUGGAUAAUCUGCAUGACAGAUAUAUGUAGAAUAUCAAUAAAAUUAACUCACAUGACCCAAAUGUAGCAGGUUUUCCUGAGGGACAGAAGUGGAUUCAGAACUGGGCAUUCUGAAACACAUCCUCAUUGCAAACAGUAAUGCCAUAUGCAUGAAGCUUCUGUUUAUUGUUUUCCAUAUACAAGGAAACAACAUCCCAUAAUAGAGACUAGCAUGCAGGGCUAAGGCACAUAGGACUUCUCUGCAGGUAGCAGGACGGUAUAGCUGUGAAAGGCCAAUACCCAUAUGCUAACUUUAAACAUGUAUUUUUAUUUUUUUUUACUUUUCAUAUUUAUAUUAGCAUACAAGGACAACUGUACAUAUGUAAACAUUUUUAAAAUUUAAAAGUAACACAUAAGUGUAUUUUGCCAAAUGCCUAAAAACAGUCAGUCACAAUUCUGUCAUUGUCCUUCAUCCUGCGGUCUUCAGAGUGUAAAUGGAUGAUGUUGUAAAUAUAGUGGUCAAUGCUGUAAAAGUAUCUUUCUGUAACUGUGAUUUCCCUUUAAAGUGUGUACAAUCUGGAGGAGGUUUUAUUGAGUAAGAGAUCAAAAUGCUCAUACAAACAUCCGGCCUCUGCAUCUUGCUGAAGGUGGAAUCUAGAUGUGUGCUCGUCAUGCGGCCUCAGGACACACUAGAGCGGACAGGCUCUCUGGGAAUCUGCCAGCCUGUCUGUUCACAUCUAGGACAGACACAUGGUUCUUGUCACAGUAGCCACUCAGUACCAGGGCACAUCAGCUGAUCCUACCUGGAGGCCAGGGAGUGCCCUCCCCUCCAGAAAGUGUCUUGCUGAGAUUGGUCGGAUUCACCAAAGACACAGAUCAAUGAGUGGGUAGCUUCACCUGGCCAAUACCUGAGCCCUUUCUGGCCUGAAAUUUGGGUUCCUCAACAGAAGCCUUUCAGCCAUUCUUAUCUGUGAAAGGAGUGACCUGUUUCACAACUUGAAAGCGUUUAUCAUCACUGGGAUGUAAGUGCCAGCAGGUCAUUCUGGCUGACUUUGAACAAGAUGGCGGGUAGAAGACUCAGCAGAGCAUAAAGGAUGAAGAGAAUCUAAGGCCACACAGAGGCAGUGACUGCAGCGGGAGCCAUUAGCCUGCAGGGGAAGGAGCCGGGGGUUUUGAGCCCUAUACAUUUUGAUCUAUUAAGAAUGAGUAUUCUCUGUGAAAUCUUGUCAUUUGAAAUGAAAAAAUUAAAAGCUGCUCUAAUGCAAUUGUAUCACUCAAAAAGAAAGCCGCUCUAGUGAGAUGUGAAAUUGAGAGGCUCAAUCAUGGUCUGCUGUGGAAUAUACUUCUCCCCCUGCUUCCCACUUUUCCUUGUUUUAUGUGAGAAAUGGAAUCAUCAGACAAGACCUCAAAAAUGCACUCUGCAUUUGAUUUCUUCCACAAGUGUCCAGGGACACCAUUUGUUUCAUCUCUGUGUAGAAUUGUCUUAAGUGCCCAAACUGAAGGGCCAGAUUAGACGGCAAUGGCCAACUCAGUUUAUGUCUUCUGUAAUGGUCCACUCUUCUGAAACACUUUGAAGAUGUUAGAAAACCAAUUUAAUAAGGCAAAAUUAUACAGUGAAAACAGCGUUUAUCGUGACAGGAAAGGAUAGUUUGCUGAUGACUCCAUAAAACAGUCUCAGACAAAGGCAUGGAUGAGUUGAGCAAUGUCUCCACAUAGCUUAAGGCAAUGACGGAAGGACAGACGGGCGACAGAUGGAAUGAAGUGACUUUUGAACAAGAUCACUUUAAAUGUGCACUGAAUGUUUUCUGGUAUUGAGUAUAUAAAAGGCUAAUGUAAUAUAAGGUUUAUUUUGACUACAAGAAAAGAGUUUAUAGCUUUGGAUGAAAGGUGCCUCAUGUAAAUAUGCUUUGUAGUUAUAGAUAGCUAUGUAAGCCCUGAAUUCACAAGUGGCUAGCUAUUGAACUGGUUAGCUGUCUCCCUGCCUGCCUUUCCUCAUCCAUUAUUUUUACCUGAAGUUAUUACUGAAAAUUAAAAUCAUUAUCACGUGCCUUUUCAGAGAGAUGGUGACUCUUGCUUGUAAUCAUCCACAUAUGAAACUGGAUGAAAAUAUUUUGCUUAACUUGCAGUGAUUUUAGAAAUAUAAUAGCUGUAAUGUUCUAGUCUGAGUAUCUUAUCUCCCAUGUUUAAGCAUUCUUGGAAUUGUUUUGGGAAUUAACAGACUUUAGUGUUGAUGGUUGGUUUCAAGACAUAUGUAUCAGCAGACUCACCAAUAUUGGCGUUACAGAACAUUCCAUCUAACUUAGUGUGACUUCAUUCGCUGAGGUAGACAGAGCAGACUCAAGGGAUCGGUUAAAGCACAGUGAUUACUUCUUUUUUUUAAUGCCUAUUUUGAAGAGGAACUUUGAAGCUCCAUAGUGGUUUCAGUCAUGCAAUUAAUAUUCAUACUUCCCAGUCUACUGUGGUAUCAUCACUAUGCAGAGAAGGGCAGUAAUGUGGCCAUGGAUGCCCUUUCUCUUUCUAAUACUCUCGGCAUCAUAGGACUGCAGAUAGCCCAAAUGCCUGAGAUGUUCCAUUCAGCAGGUCAUUUCCAUCCCCAUGUAAAGGAAUGUUUAAGUCUUUCCCCUGUGUGACCAGGGGAGGCCGGCAGUAAGAGAGAAUCCUUAAGGAACAGACCAGCCAGACUAACUCUUCCCAGCCACUCUCCUUAGAUGGGAAACCCUCCUCCAGAGUCAGCAAGAUAGAGAAUGACCCCAGUCACGUGUAGUCUGCAGAGAGGAAGAGAUGGGUGCUGCUUAGACGGAGUGGCUUGGCGAUUCUGCGAGGCUGAAUGUGAACCAAGCCACACCCCCAGCCCCUCACUUAGAUGCUCAAUGAGGAAUAACCCAUCUGUAGGGUUUUUGUUUUGUUUUGUUUUGUUUUUUAACAGAAACGCAGCCUGGGGUUGAGAUGCCUCCGGAGCAGUGUGACCCGAGCGCUUUAUUUCAUUGUACAGUGUCUUUUCCUUGUUUUACACGGCUUUUAAAAUAGUAUUUGCACAGAAGGUCAGUCCAGCAUAGAAUUUAGGUAUGAAAGAUUGAUGGUGUGUCGAAAAGAAGCCACAGAGAUGAUACAAUUAAAUGUUCUCUGCCUUCCCGCAAUGUGGGUGGGAGGCUGCUGUGUGUUCUGGGACAGACCCACAUCUUCUGCUCAUCCACCUGCACAGCUGUAUGACUUCAUCCUGUCUGUUGGCCUACCCUAUGCCUUCUGUAGUGACUUUACCUGUUGCCCUUUGCGAUUUUUUUUUUUAAAUGAUUACCUUUAAGCCAGGGAAAGUAUGUUAUUUCCACUUUCUUCUCUCAGGAUUUCAGAGUUGUUUGUUCAUUUAUCCAUUUCACCCUGUAAUUUUCUAUUGUCCUAUAGUUCUCUCUUAACCUUAAAUUGACCCACUACUUUAGAUCGGCCCUUGUUUUUCCGAUAUAAUGAAUCCCUAUUUGAAGGUAAGGUUAUGUUUACCUUAUGUAAAUGUAAAGGGAAAGAAGGCUGUUUGGCAGUUUGCAGUCUAUAGGAAGAGAUUUGAUGAAGUUUGGAACUGAAGGGAAUAAGGAGAAGACUAGACCCCUGUCUGCCCCGCCAGACGGCAUCACGCUCACCUGCGCCCAGCACCUCCUCCCCUCAAAUGCAGAGUCAAGAUGAAUGUGGCAUUCUUAGCCUACCAGCUUUUCAGCUGCCAUGUCUGUGGAAGAGGGCUUCAUUUGGGGCUUGAGUGCUGGCUUUCCUACUCUGAUUUCAGAUGCAGGGUGUCUUCUCUGGGUACCAGUCGACAGUCGUGAAAACUGGCCGAGGCAGCAGCCCAUCUGUCUGUGCGAGCAGCAUGCUGAUAAAAUGUCCCUGCUGGUCGCUGUUGGCACUUGCUGUCAGCGUAUGCUCUGUGGGGCAGGCACUUUCAGCUCUGAGAGUUUUCCUACCACCCCUGCAGGUGCAAAACAAAAUUGCCCCCAGACUUGGAAAGCAGGAGGUAGUAUUUCCAUUCUCAUUUUGGUCAUAGUUUGGUCAGUCCUCAACAUGGAGCAGCUAAAGUCAGUAAGCAAAAAAUCAAAACUUAAAAGACCAGUGUCCUUCAUAUCCAUGGCCUUAGGAAAUAGUAUCAUUACUAUGGGAUUUGAUGGCUGCUUUUAGAGCCUUCCUGCUCCAAACUAGCACCCCAUUCAGUGUCUGUGCAGAACUUUUCCUCUUGAUUGGAAAUGUCCCCUAGCACGCAGGCUAGUGCCUUCUUCGGCUAAAAACAGAAAUUGGGAGAACCACAGGAAUACGAACUAGGGGAGGUUAUCUUUAAUUUCCUUUUCACAUGCUAGUUUGAUUGUGCACCCUAGAAAGUCACUAAGAAAUAGGUCUCAGGGUAUAAAUCUCAGGAAGGGAAUAAGCAACAGUUUUGAGAGAUCCUGGCUCAUUUAGUCCCAGCGUAGGACCACAGUGUACAUCCAUGUGAAGCAUGCAGAACUCAAGAUGGCCACUGGCCAUGCUGGAGGGAAGUGCUGGGCACCGACGGCAGAGUUAGGUGCUUUGCAGUUUCCUGGAAUAUUAGUUUUCUGUGUCUCUCACUGUCCAGUGCUGCGUCCCUGUUGCGCUGUUCACUGACCUGUGUCCUACUGGGAGGGGCUUCGGAAAUGGUGGGAGUGUUGAUCACGGGCAGCCGUGGAGUCAAACCCAGGCAAAAUGUCUUUAUUCUGUUUCGUUUGACAAAAGGCACACAGUGAGAUGAAGCAACCUGAUGAGAUUCAUAUCCACAAGGCCAUCCGCUCGGUGUUUAUGAACAAAAGUUAGUCUCCCCUAAAUGUAUGACGACGCACGUGUGCAUAUUCUGCAUUCAACCUAGGACAUUUCAGGACACGAUUUGUUCUGGUGGUUGAGUUUUUAAAUAAUACAAAUAGCCCAAAUCUUUAAAUAUAGUGGUGCUACGUUUUAUCAGCUAACACAAUGCAGAAAGUGCUGAACUGAAUUCCGACGCCGAGGAGUAACACAAGGGUUCCUGUUAAAUCACACACUGGUAUCACUGCCUGAUUUGAAAGCCCCCUUCCUUUCUAAUCCAGCACAAUUCCAAACUGUGAUUCUAGCUCCUCUUUUUAAUGAGUACAAAUAACUCAACAUUUUUUUUUUUUUUUAAUGGAAAACUUUUUUUUUAAACACUCAAAGCCAAAGGUUCCUUCAGGAUGCAGAACAUUUUUGUUUUAACUUGGAAGACUUGCCCCUCCAAACUAGCAUUUCCAAAUGACAGUUUCACACCUAACCAGAGCAGUUCAUGUUAGUGGCAUUAGGUCUGCCAGUGCUUCCCACAUUCAUAGCCUCUGAGGGUGACGCCCAUCUACAGGUAACAGAGGCUACCCCAUGGGGACAUGUUAAUAGCAUCAGUGUGGUUCACGUGGAGUAGCCAGGUACUCAUGUGUACAUACUUAGAUUCACAGCAUUCAAACCUCCUCUCUGCCACUCCGCUCGCACUUCAGGGUCUUAUGCUAUUUUAAAGCUCCUGGGUUUGGGCAAGCACCAACAGAAAUGUCAAUGGUGAUUGCCUUCCUGAGUAAGCGUGGUUUGUUUUAUGGCCGUUCAAGUUAUAAAGUUGUUCUCAUAUUGUAGGUAAACAAAAUCUUGCUGUUUUUAAAGGUCACUGUAACUCGAGGUUUAACUUUCUGGCACAAUUUUAUUAGUGUUCACUUCUGAGCUAAUAAGAUAACAGUUUUCUAUGUUACUCUCCUUGUAACAUCAAUAAAGUGACUUUCAAUAAAAGAUUUAUGUUCUUUUGA